UUUAGUGGCUUUUGCGUUGGGGUGCUAGGCGAAAUAAGGAACCAGCGAAUCCCCAGGGGCAGCUUGUAACUCGAAUUUCAACCAGCAGCAGAUACUAUUCUCCUGAAGUGAGAAGUAAGUCUUAUUACCAUUCGUUCAACCAACAAACUUGUCCGACUCCCAAAUAUCGGAAAAGACUUCAUUUUGAUACCUCAUACAAGUCUUUCAUCUAUUUCUUCUUCUUAAUAACCUUUUCAAUCUUUGAUUCCAAUAAAAUAAUAAUCACAAUGGCACCACCCACCGCCGAAAGCGCUUCUCCCAUCGGAAUUGCGAACUUACCAAAUCAAAGACACAAGAUUGUCGCAAAGAGAGGUGCUGCCUUCACUAUUAUGGUAUGUGUUUUCUUAUCCUUCUCUCAGAUCCUUCUGCUGUAUCAUACUCAUAACUUCCUCUAGGUUGCUGGCGAAUCUGGUCUAGGAAAAACAACCUUCAUUAAUACCCUUUUCUCUACCACAAUCAAAAACUAUGCCGAUCACAAACGUAGACACGCGAAGCAGGUGGAUAAAACCGUCGAGAUCGAAAUCACAAAGGCUGAAUUAGAGGAGAAAUUCUUCAAGGGUAUGGAAUUCGAUAUAUUCAGAACGCUGUGGUGAUCAAUUACCCAUUGUUGACAUUAUCUUAGUUCGUUUGACUGUUAUUGAUACACCUGGUUUUGGAGAUUAUGUCAACAAUCGCGAUUCCUGGAUGCCAAUUAUUGAGUUUUUGGACGAUCAACAUGAAUCCUAUAUGUUGCAAGAGCAACAACCUCGUCGUGUUGAUAAGAUUGAUUUACGUGUACACGCUUGUUUGUACUUCAUCCGACCUACUGGCCACACCUUGAAGCCUCUCGACAUUGAGGUUAUGAAGAGACUCAGUUCAAGAGUGAACUUGAUCCCAGUAGUUGCUAAGGCCGAUACCUUAAGCCCGGCUGAUUUGGUCCGUUUUAAGCAGAGGGUAUGAUAUAGUCAAUAAAUUUCAUCGCUUCGAAGCUAACAUAGUGUUUACAGAUCCAAGCUGUUAUCGAAGCACAAGGUAUCAAGAUCUAUACACCACCUAUCGAAGAAGAUGACGAGGCUGCUGCUCAACAUGCACGAAGUUUGAUGGCGGCUAUGCCUUUCGCGGUUAUUGGCUCAGAGAAGGAUGUCAAAACUGGCGAUGGACGUAUCGUUAAGGGACGCCAAUAUGCGUGGGGUGUGGCUGAAGUCGAGAACGAAGAUCACUGCGAUUUCAAGAAGUUGAGAUCCAUUCUCAUCCGAACACACAUGCUCGAUCUUAUCCACACCACCGAAGAAGCACAUUACGAGGCUUACCGUGCCCAGCAAAUGGAGACUCGCAAAUUUGGUGAAGCUAGACCUAGGAAGCUCGAUAACCCCAAAUUCAAGGAAGAGGAAGAAAGCUUGAGAAAGCGUUUCACCGAGCAGGUUAAGAUCGAGGAGCACCGUUUCAGACAAUGGGAACAGAAGCUCAUCAGUGAGCGUGAUCGUUUGAACAAGGAUUUGGAGAGUACACAUGCUGCUAUCAAAUCUCUAGAACAGGAACUUGAGCAAAUGCAAGGCACUGCCGCAACCCGCAGUCACGGCCGUCGUUAAAUAAUGCAUGGUUCGGGAGGAGUUCUAGUCUAAAAUUGGAUUGUGGGGACGUAGCAGGGAUGGAUGACAUGAUGGAGGCGAUGCCGGGAUAGUUGCAAACAGGUCAUUUUGCAGCUUGUGGUUUUUUC